ACGUUGCUUGUACGGAAUUGCGGGUCUAGUAUUGGAGGCAGUACAUCCCUGACUGCGGCGUUGCGUGUACGGAAUUACGGACAAAACCCUAAUGGCCAAAUCUAAGAAGCAAAAACGGUGCUCUGUAAAAUCCUACAUGGUUUAUGGACUGGUAUUUCUCGGAUGUCUCACUCUGGGUUAUCAGCUCGCUAUAUUAAACGCCAUAGAAACUAUAGAUAGUGUACAUCAGGUUGUAAACGUUCGUUCCAGCGAUUAUGACGUCACAUCCGCUUACGAAAUCAGAAACAUCGCUGCUCUUGCAGUUCAACAAGAGCUUGCUGGAUUUCGUGGAGAGGAUUUGCGCGAUAUUGGAAAAUCUGAAAUUUUGAAAUCCGUUCACUACGUGUGGUGUGGGAACCGAACAUUCACCUUUAAGAAUUAUCUAAGUGUCUUAAGUGUCUGGAAAAUAUUAAGACCUGACAUUAUAGAGUUUCAUCAGACUGCGACUCCGAAAGAGGAUAAAUAUGAUGACUGGUUCAACGAAUUAAAAAGAACCAUUCCAAGCUUUGUCACCAGGGAAGUACCUCAAUACUGGGAUGGAGACUUCAAGGGCUGUGGAUUCUGGUUUGGUCUUGCUGUUAUUGAUGACAGGGGAGGUAUUUACAUCGGCGAAGAUGUUGUGGUCACUGAAGGAAUUUUCAAGCACCUGGACAUGACGUCAUCAGUUAUCUAUGCUAAUAAUAGUUCAAAUGGAAAUUCAAAAAUAGCAGUCGCGAUAGGAAAAGAUCACAACAAGAAAUUUAAAGAAUUCAUCAGGUCGUUUCAAAAGACUGAAAAAAUACCAGAUAAUGCUGAAUUUUGUGGUAACAUGGACAAUAGGCUGCAAUUGAACCCCACAUCACCUUGUUUUGUAAUCGAUACAGCUAUAAAUCCUAAAGAUGUUUUUGAAUUAAAGUCUACAUUUGGAAUGUUUGCACGAGCUCUACUAUACGGAAGUGACGAGGUCAAGAUCCCGAGGCCGAUACUUCCAGGAAAAAUCCCCAAAAUAGUUCAUUAUGUAUGGUUUGGGGUAACACAGAUGGACUUUAUAAUGUAUCUGAGUAUACUCAGUGCUUUGUAUAUAGUCAAUGCAGAAAAGGUGUAUAUCCACGGUGAUGGAGGACUGACGGGGAAGUAUUUGACAAAAAUACGGAAUGAUAAGAGAGUUAUAUUAGUCAUGAGAGAGAAGCCAUUCAAUGUGUAUGGACAUGAAGUAGUGUACAAACAACAUCGCAGUGAUAUUGUGAGAGCGGAGGUGUUGUUGAAGUAUGGCGGAAUAUAUAUGGACUGGGAUGUUUUAUGGCUGAGGAGCCCUGAUGACAUCAUCAACACCGGAUAUGACGCUGUAGCUAAUUUUGACCAUAUGCAAAAUGGGAAUUUCCCAGAAACGAUUAAUCUAGGGGUCUUUAUGGCAAAACCAAAGUCUACAUUCGUCAAGCGAUGGCAGGACGCUUUCAUUAACUAUAGAUCACGCGAUUUUCUCUACAACGCUGUAGAAUUACCGUACAAAGUCUACGAGAAGUACCCGGAGCAUCUUUAUAUUGAGCGACAUUUACAAGUCAUGUGCUUCCGGUUAAAAUGUCAUCCUACUUUUCGAGACAACUACAAAAAUUUCAUGGAAGAGCAGGAAUUUGAUUGGAGGACAGAAGCAUACUCCAUUCAUUUUACAUUUCCUGACCCAGACGAAUUAAACAAUGAGACCAGCUGUAGGAACGGUGAAGGACGUUUUGCAGAAAUGGGACAAUUUAUAUUGGAACAUGAGAAGAAAAUACCAACUAAAAACUAGAUAUAAAAGUUGACUCAUAUUUUGGAGUAAAUUUUAUUCAAUGUUUUGUAUCAUUUUGUUUUAAUGACUUAAU